UAAUACUACUUAUUUUUUUUUAGUGUGAUUUACAACAUUUAUAUUUUACCGUUCGAUUGGUGAAAUUGCUGCGUUGAAAGUAUUUUAUUAAUGUUAACGUCCUGAAGGUGAGGUUUCCACGAAAUAGCUGAAAUUACAAUGUCCGACUGGGAAGAUGACAACGACCAUCCAAGUAGCUCUACAACACAACAUUACAGCAGCUCGAAUUCUAGAGAAGGAAAUUCUGGACGAAAACAACAAUCGUCGUCUUCUUCGCGCAGGUAUGAGUUUCAAGACACGAUCGAUUUACCAGACAGAUUUGUAGGCCGGAUUAUUGGUCGUGGUGGUAGUAACAUACAAAAACUCGAGUCGGACUACAAUGUUCGCGUGGAGCUUGAUAAACGAAAUGGAACGGUGUCUGUUUCGGGCAACAAAAAUGCAGAUGUCAUGGACGCCUUAGAUCAGAUAAAGAGCAAAAUGUCUGAUUCUGAUGGCCGUAGUGGUGAUAGAGAUCGUGAUCGUGACAGUUACUCCAAAAGAAAUAGUGAAUUCGAUAGUUCCAGAAGAAAUGAUUACGGCAAUUCCCGGAAAAAUAGUGAUUACGGUAGCUCUAGAAGAAACAAUGACUACUACAACGGCUCUAGGAAGGAUAACGAUUACGGCAGUAGUAGCAACUACUCUCGCCCAGUCAAAGAUGACACCUACGACAGCGAUUCUGGAGUGAAUAAUGGCGCCGUCAUCGACUGGGACAUGUUAAAUAAGAAGGCUGAAAUUGAGCGAAAGAAGAGAUGGGAAAAGUGUCCACCAUUGACGAAAAACUUCUAUCGAGAGGCUCCUGAGAUAGCAAACAUGUCGCCUGAGGAUGUGGCAAGAAUUCGCUUACAGAACAACAACACAACAGUAAGCCGUGUUUUUGCCCAAGGAGAUAACGACGACAUUCCAAACCCCAUUACAAAAUUUGAUCAUUGUUUUAGUCAUUAUCCCGAUUUAAUGGCCGAAAUACAAAGACAAGAUUUUCAAAAGCCUUCACCCAUACAAGCGCAAGCGUGGCCAAUUCUUUUGAAAGGCGAAGAUCUCAUUGGUAUAGCCCAAACUGGCACCGGCAAAACUUUAGCAUUUUUACUGCCAGCUAUGAUACACACCGAAUACCAAAGUAUACCUCGCUCGCAAAGAGGUGGCCCGAAUGUACUUGUGAUGGCACCAACACGCGAACUGGCUUUGCAAAUCGAGAAGGAGGUCAAUAAAUAUUCCUUUAGGAACAUGAGAGCAGUUUGCGUUUACGGAGGUGGCAGUCGCCGCGAGCAAAUCGGUAGCGUUGAAGGAGGAGUCGAAAUUAUUAUUUGUACUCCUGGUCGUUUGAAUGAUCUCAUACAGGCCAAGGUCAUAGACGUUGCCACAAUAACGUAUUUAGUUUUGGAUGAAGCUGAUCGUAUGUUGGAUAUGGGUUUUGAACCCCAGAUACGAAAAAUCUUGCUAGAUAUACGUCCUGACAGGCAAACAGUUAUGACUAGUGCCACCUGGCCACCAGGAGUGCGUCGUUUGGCCGAGAGUUACAUGAACAAUCCCAUACAAGUGUGUGUGGGUUCCUUGGAUUUGGCUGCCACCCAUACAGUUAGGCAAAAAAUAGAAAUAGUUGAAGAGGAUGACAAGUUCUAUUUGCUUAAAAGUUUUGUCAAGAAAAUGGAAUAUGACGAAAAGGUUAUUAUAUUCUGUGGCAAAAAAGUUCGCGCGGAUGAUUUGUCAAGUGACCUAACAUUAGAUGGUUUUCGCUGCCAAUGUAUUCAUGGAUCUCGUGAUCAGUCUGAUCGAGAACAGGCCAUAGCAGACAUUUCCUCGGGCGAGGUGAAAAUUCUUAUAGCCACCGACAUUGCAUCGCGUGGUCUGGAUAUCGAAGACAUAACCCAUGUCAUUAAUUUUGAUUUCCCGCGAAAUAUCGAAGAAUAUGUACAUCGAGUCGGUCGCACAGGACGCGCUGGACGCACGGGCACUUCAAUAAGUUAUAUAACACGUAGUGAUUGGGCCAUGGCUCCGGAACUAAUUGCCAUACUUGAGGAGGCCGGCCAGAAGAUACCAUCUGAACUUCGCACCAUGGCUGAACGUUUUGCCAAAGCCAAAGAGCGCCGAGCUGAUGAAACACAAAAGUUUAAUCGAAUGAGAGGGAGAGGCGAUAACUAUGGAAACCGUGGUGGAGGUCGUCGUGAUCGUUACUAACAACUAUAGAUAGUAUUAAAUGUACUAUGUUUUUUUUUCUCAUUUAUAUUAUAGUCUAAAUCAUCAUUCAUUUGAGUUGAAGAAUUGCAAUUGACCUAAAAUUUUAUUUUAUACUGAAUUCGAAUAUGUUUUAGUUGCUUAAAAUAAAAGUAAUUCCAUAUUCAUUAAUCAAGAA